AUGUACAUGUUGGCCAGUGGGAAGAGGAAUGAGAGGCUGUUGGGCUGGAGCGACGUGUGGCUCAGCGCGCUUGUGUCAAGUACACCCUUCCGUCCAUCCCAUGAUUCUCCUCCUCCGUGCCAGGCGAGGCGAGGCGAGUCGGAGAGCACCCCAGCGGACAUAGAGGCGAUGGUGGUGGAGCUGAUGGCGCCGCCGCACCGCCUGAUCGUGUUCCUGCAGCAGAGCAGCGUGGAGUGGUGCUCCUCGCUCUGGCUCGACAUGGUGCGCCGGGCUGACCCCCAGCUGCGCCGCACUGUCAUUGUCGCCUCCAAGUUCGAUAACCGCCUCAAGGUGAGGCCCGGGAAAGGACAUGCUAUUUGCGGAGCAUCCCCUGGGUUUGUGAGCCCUGGCAGCGCUGGCGGCGUCCCCCUGGCGCCCCUGCGAGGCCCCUUCUUCAUCGCACUGCCCAAGGACACCAAGGACAGGGACAAGGACAGGGAUAGGGACAGGGAGAAAAGCACAGCGGGUGCUGGUACCACUGGCAGCACGGGGAGGGACGGGGGUGCGAGUGAGGGAGUGCAGGAGAGUGCUCAGCUGCGGCGGCAGAUAGCGGAGGUGGACGCGGCAGUGCUGCAGUUCCUGCGCACGGAGGUGGCGGGGGGGUUUGACGAGCGCAAGUACGGCGCGCAGAUAGGGUUCGCCAAGCUGAAGGCGUUCCUGGAGGAUGAGCUGCAGCGCAGGUACAGUGCCGCGGCGCCUGCCGUGCUGGCGCAGCUGGAACGGAGGUGUGCUGACGUGGCAGAGCAGGUGGCGUGUGUGGAGCAGCGGCUGAGUGCAGCGAGUGACGUGGCGUCCAUGAGGAGGCUGGCCAUGAGGCACGUGGUGGCCACCACUAGCGCCAUGCUGUCGCUGCUGGACGGGGCAGUGGAGCCCGACCCGUCCCAGUGGGGCCUCUCCACACACGAGGAGCAAGCCGCCAGCGCCGUGGGCCACUGGCCUGGCGUGCCCCCCCACGCCUUCCUGCUCGCUGCACGCUCCCUCAGGCGCUGCAAGGGGGAGGAUGGCGAAGAGGGAGAGGAGGGGGAGGAGGAGGAGGGCGAGGAGGGUGGUGAUGGGAGUGGGGCGGGUGGGAGUGGGGGCAGCAGGGGUGGGGUGGUGAACGAGGGGCUCCGGCUGUAUGGUGGAGCAGCGCUCAUGCGGGUCGUGCAUGAGUUCAGCAUCGCUGCAUGGGCCGUGCCCUGCCCCAACACGUCCCGCGAGAAGGUCGCCAACGCCCUCCUGGCGAAGCAGGCUGCAUUCGGGUCAAGUGGCGCCAGUGGUGUGUCAUCAGCAGCGGUGGCGGCAACGGCAACGGAGGUGGCGCGGGCGGCGGUGCUGGCACGCUUCGCCCCGCUGAUGGACGCCCUGUGUGCGCGCAUCGCCUUCCUGCUGCGCCGCCUCCUCGACGUCGCCCUGCAGCGCGUCAAGUCCGUGUGGCCCAUGCCCCAUGUGGUCCCUCCUGUUGCUGCGUGGACUCCUUCUCCUGCUGCUCCUUUUAAAUCCUCCACGCCUCUUACACUUACCCGGCCUCCCCCUUUGGCCCCCUUGUGCGAUGCCUCAGAGAGCCAGGCGAAGCCAAAUAACCACACGGGCUUCUUCCAGUCGCCCGCAGCCCACCAGUCCGCGUCAGCAUCAGGCGCAGCAGAGGUCCCCCCGUGCGAGGCACUGGAGCCAUUCCUUGGCUUCCAUGCAGCUCUGCGGUCCGCCUAUGACGCCUUCCUCGCCUCCCUCUCCUCGCACUGCCGCCAACUCGCCCAGCACCACGUGCGCUCUGCUGCCUGCCACCUGCUGGCGCCCUCUGCUGCUGCUGGCGUGCUUCAUGUGAGUGUGGUGAGAGGGCGUGGUUCUAGUGUGGGCCUAUCCCACUCGUUCUCUUUCUCUUGUGUGCAGGGCGCACCCAUGCUGCCUUCUGCCCCGCCGGGUCUACACCUACCCCUGGACCUCCAGAGCCACACGCCCCUGCCCUAUGCUGCUGCACGUGCAGGGAAGGAGGGUGGAGUGGCAAAGGCAGCAGCAGCAGGUGCAGAUGAGAAUGCCGGGAGGAUUGAGAGGGGGGCCAUGCCUCGGCAUGGGCGGAUACCGCUCUAUCCCACUCGUGCUGCUGCUGACAACAUGGCCAGUGCGAGGGGCGAGUCCUACACAACACCAGUCAAAAGUGGUGCUGGUCCCGUGUGUGCUGCAGGUGCUGGUGGCGUGGGCGGGGGAGCAGAUGCACAGGCACUGCGGGAGUGUCAUAUGACUGUGCCUGAGACUCCCUCGCCUGACCUGCAUGCGAGGGAGCAAGCAACAGCGGCCAAGUGGAAGGAAUAUGCAGAGAUCAGUGGCCGGCUGAUUCUGGCUGGUAGUGGCCUGGCUGGGGGCAGCAAGCGUGGCGUGAGUGGCAUGCUGAAUGACCCACACGCUGGUGGGGGGUGUAAGAAGAGACAAGAGGGCGAUAGACGGGGUGGUGGGAAGGAGAUUGCGGAAGGAAGGGAAGGAAGGGCAGUGGAGGGGGUUGGGAGGGGCAAGUCUGGGUACAGUCGGGUGAAGGAGAUGGUGGAGGUGGAGUUCCAAGGCAUGAAGAUGAGCCUUGCCUCACAUGCGCCCUUUGCCAUCCUCUCAGCCUUUGAAACGCCCUUGUGA